AUGUGUCCUAAGCCUUGUAAUACUGUGACUCUUCGAAAUGGGAGAGAACUAGAGGAAGUAGCUCCGAAGAAAACCAGUCGAGUAGAAGCUGAAAAAGAGAAGAUUACCGAGGAGAUGAUUGAAGAAGAGAGGGUAGUCAAGACACCAGGAGAAAAGCAUCCACAGCCCGUGGUUGCAAAGCCACCACCUCCAUUCCCUCAACGUUUGGCAAGACAGAAAGAAGAGGCUACUUAUAAGAAGUUUCUUGAUUUGCUUAAGCAGGUUAUUCCAAAGUAUGCUAAGUACAUCAAAGAUAUUAUUGCAAACAAGAGUCGAUUCACAGAGUAUGCCACUGUUGCACUUAUUGAGGAGUGCAUUUUGCGAAUUCAAAACAGGUUGCCCACUAAAUUGAAGGAUCCCGAAAGUUUCACGGUUGAGAUUUCUAUUGGGAAGAAGCUAGGUUUGGGAGUACCCAGACCAACCACUAUAGUUCUUCAGCUGGCAGACAGAUCGUUAACAAAACCUGAAGGCAUUAUUGAAGAUGUAUUGGUGCAAGUGGGGUUGUUUCUAAUUCAUGCAGACUUCAUGAUUUUGGACUUCGAGCCAGACCCGGAAGUCCCAUUUAUUUUGGGGCAUCCAUUCUUGGCCACAGGGAGAGCACUUAUUGAUAUAGCUGCUGGACAGCUCACCUUGAGAGUACAUGAUAAAGUUGAGGUCUUCAAUGUAUACCAAGCUCUGAAGAUGCCUGCAAUCUAUGAGGAGCUGUCCGCCAUUACUGUUCUGAAUGAUGAUACACGAAGGCCACUUAUCACUUCUCAUGACCCAUUGGAGGGAGCUGUUACACCUUGA